AGGGAGGUCACAUGUUUCAGGGUCUUUGUUUUGAGCUCGAAGUUAAAGCCGACAAAAAGAGAGAGCGAGGUUGGGAAAGUGGAAAGGAGGGAACGCCGCCUGUUUUCUUCUCGUUUGCAAGAAACAGCUACUUGCAGCAUCACAACGAAGACACUUAUCAGUCGUUUCUCCAUGACAUAAUAAACCGUUGAUAUAACAAUGGUACUAAUAUUAGGACGCAGACUGAACAGAGGGGAUAGCCGGGCUCAGGAGUCCCCAGUAUCCAAACGUAAAGUAUUUGAAAUGGACCCAAAGUCUUUAUCAGGCCAUGAGUUUUUCGACUUCUCUUCUGGAUCAUCCCAUGCUGAAAGCAUACUCCAGAUCUUCAAUGAAUUUCGUGACAGCCGCUUGUUUACAGAUGUAGUAAUCUGUGUAGAAGGCAGAGAAUUUCCCUGCCAUCGAGCCGUUCUUUCAGCCUGCAGUAGCUAUUUCAGAGCUAUGUUUUGCAAUGACCACAGAGAAAGCCGAGAAAUGUUGGUAGAAAUCAAUGGAAUUUUUGCAGAAGCUAUGGAUUGCUUUUUACAGUAUGUAUAUACAGGCAAGGUAAAAAUCACAACAGAAAAUGUGCAGUAUCUCUUUGAAACAUCAAGUCUCUUUCAGAUAAGCAUUUUGCGUGAUGCUUGUGCUAAGUUUCUGGAAGAGCAACUGGAUCCUUGCAACUGCCUAGGAAUCCAGCGUUUUGCUGAUACACAUUCUCUGAAAACACUUUAUACAAAAUGUAGAAAUUUUGCACUGCAAAACUUUGAGGUUGUAUCCCAGCAUGAAGAAUUUCUUGAGCUUGGAAAAGACGAACUUAGCGACUAUAUUUGCAGUGAUGAAUUGGUAAUUAGUAAAGAGGAGAUGGUUUUUGAAGCAGUCAUGCGCUGGAUUUACCGUGCUGUUGACCUCAGACGCUCAGUACUACCAGAACUUCUGACCCAUGUAAGGCUGCCUUUGUUACACCCUAACUACUUCGUUCAGACAGUAGAAGUGGACCAGCUGAUCCAGAAUUCCCCUGAGUGUUAUCAGCUGCUGCAUGAAGCAAGAAGGUAUCAUGUUCUAGGAAAUGAAAUGAUGUCCCCAAGAACUAGGCCACGAAGGUCAACUGGCUACUCUGAGGUGAUAGUUGUAGUUGGCGGUUGUGAACGAGUCGGAGGCUUUAAUUUGCCUUACACUGAAUGCUAUGACCCUAUGACAGGGGAGUGGAAAUCACUGGCAAAAUUACCAGAAUUUACAAAGUCUGAGUAUGCAGUUUGUGCCUUAAGGAAUGAUAUCCUUGUUUCAGGUGGAAGAAUCAACAGCCGUGAUGUGUGGAUUUAUAAUUCUCAACUUAACAUUUGGAUCAGAGUUGCCUCUCUAAAUAAAGGGCGAUGGCGUCAUAAGAUGGCUGUCCUUCUUGGUAAAGUGUAUGUAGUCGGUGGAUAUGAUGGGCAAAGUCGACUAAGCAGUGUAGAAUGUUAUGACUCAUUUUCCAAUCGAUGGACAGAGGUAGCUUCUCUUAAAGAAGCUGUGAGUUCACCAGCAGUCACCAGCUGUGUAGGCAAACUGUUUGUGAUUGGAGGCGGUCCCGAUGACAGCACAUGUUCUGACAAGGUUCAGUCAUAUGAUCCUGAUACAAAUUCUUGGUUGCUCCGUGCAACAAUCCCCAUUGCAAAGAGAUGUAUAACAGCUGUAUCAUUAAACAAUCUCAUCUAUGUUGCUGGAGGACUCACAAAGGCAAUAUAUUGCUAUGAUCCACUUGAAGAUUACUGGAUGCAUGUACAAAAUACAUUCAGCAGACAGGAAAACUGUGGCAUGUCUGUAUGUAAUGGCAAGAUCUAUAUCCUGGGCGGGAGGCAUGAAAAUGGAGAAGCCACAGAUACUAUUCUUUGUUACGACCCUGCAACCAGCAUUAUCACAGGAGUAGCGGCCAUGCCCAGGCCAGUCUCAUAUCAUGGCUGUGUGACUAUUCACAGAUACAAUGAAAAGUCCUUUAAACUCUAAAACAAGAACAGUUUGUAAAUAGUGAAUCAGUGGCAUAUUAAAAACAAGAUUUGAAAAAGUCAUGCUAAGAAACAAAAGGUUGUUUUUUCCAAAGUAAAUAAACAUCAUCAUGUGUUUUAUAUUUUUUAAAAAUGCAUUAAACGUUUUUAAUAGUUACUGUUUAGGAACUGCUUCCAUGUGCUGGGUUCAAAACAAUAACAGUUUAUAUCAGUAAUUAGAACGUGUUCACACCUAUAUGUAAUCAGAUAGUUUGAUUUUGGAUGUGGAGCAAUGCCUUUGCAAAUGUUCAUGCUUAUUUUAUACAGAACAUUGUCCCCAUAUUUUUCACCUUCUUUUUCUUAAGUAUUGUUUAAAUACAUAGGAAAAGUUAUAAAAGUACAAGUUCGUAUCAUGGAUUCAUUUGUACAGCAGACUGAGAAAAGACUGCUUGUUUUGCAAAAUAGGUUUUUACAAUUUCUCUCAUAUGUAUUGAAUUGCUAUUAAAAUAUUUGAAGAACAUGUUCUCUUUAAAGAUCUAAACAAUUUCAAAAUACUGUUUUCCCCUUCAUUAACACUAUAGAGCCAUAUAUAAAUCCACACAUACACAGUACCAUAUAUUGUCAAGUAAACAGAAGUUUUGUAGUACCUGAAUAUGACUGUUGGACCACUUUGAAUCUUUCUGCAGCUAAGCCAUUGCUUAAAACUAUGCAUAUUCACUCAGUGGACAUGGAAAUAGGAUGACAUUUGAAGAUUAUUCUACCAUAAAGUCAGUCUUUUCAUGUAUGUCUUCAGUCUUGGCUUUAAGGAAAGUUUUAAUAAGGACCAUUACCAGGAAAUACUGAAUAUACAAACACAAUGCUUUGGCACUUCAAUGGUAACUAAUAGUACAAUAACUGUCAGGAAAAACAGCAGUUAACUAUUUGACAACCAUCACACCAAUGCUAAGUGCUUUGUGAUGCAAAUCUACAGUUUGUGUUAAUUGAUUCUGAAAUACAUGUGUAACAUGUGUUUUUUUAUUGUGAAGUAGCAUCCAGUUUAUAAACUUUUUAGAGACCUUUGCUGUUACACUGAUCUGUUUCAGCUUUUAUA